AUGCCGCCACGUGUUAGAGGUAGAGUUGGAAGAGGAAAGGCCUCAGUUUUAACAAGAAAUGAUCACGAAGCUGGGCCAUCUCACAGGCGCACACCAUCCGCAUCACUCGGAUCAAGUCCUCAUGAAGACUGGAGGACCUACCUUGAGCCUGUGAGAUGCUCGGUCUCGCUUAGCUCCUCACCAUCUUAUCAUGAUUCAUCCGGGUUGCAUCAGAAUGACGAGUCCGACCACUCUCACCAUUCCUUCAUACCUUUGCAGCGAUCGGGUUCGCACCAUGCCUUCCAGGACCCGACCCCCUAUUUCCAAAGCCGGUUCAAUCCAAUGAACCAGAUUCAAGAACCAGAGGGUCAAAACCCUUUGGGACCCGCUGACCACAAUCCUGAAAUGCAGGACAUGGAGAUGGAUGAAGACCCGGAUCCUGAGAUGCUACCAACUGGGACGCCGACGCAUCCCAUUGAGAUUUCCAGUGGCUCAUCCUUUCAUGGUUCGCCUUACAGGGGCCCUGACAUUUUUGCAGAAAGAUGGGCCACAUACAAGUGGGAGUACACUCCCCCUCACCGCAACUCACCACCCCACCAACAGGUCCCUUCUGAGGAUCCGCAUUUUCAGGCGGUCACGCCGCCACCAUGGCCAGCACCAGAGCAGCAACUGCCUCCGAAACCACCGAGGCGAAGAAGAACAGGUGCACGGAUGUCCGUGCAUGGGGGUUUCCACUUCAGCACCCCCCAACACUCGAGCAACAGCCACUACCCGCAGCUGUAUGAAGACCCGCAAAUGGGUGGGCCUUCAAACCCUGUUUCUGAAGUCGAAUCUGCACCAGUCGCACCACCACUACAACAAAUGGGUUAUGAUAACCCAAUUCCUUCUUACCACGGCGCAGCGGCAUAUAACCCGUUUGAGCAACAAGCUUACACGGGUUACAAUUACAACAAUGCCCCUAUUAUUGACCCGUACCUCGAGGCGGUGAACUACAAUGCUCUCUACCCUGGAGGACCCUUUCUAGCUGCGUACCCAACUAGGUACCCAGCAUAUGGGUAUCAAUACCCACCACCUCCUCAACCUCAGCCGCAGCAGCAGCAGCCACAGAUCCAACCACCACAGCAGCAAGAAAUCUUCCAACGGUUGCAUGAGGUGGGACAAAAGGUAGAGGAGGAGCAUAGGAGCCGCCGUGGUUUACUGAAGGGUUUGGCAAGCCUCAUAAAAGGGAAGUAG